AUGGCAGGCCAUGACCACAGAGUCUACCGCUCUAGCACUACAGCUCCAGUGAAUAUUGCUGUCAUUAAGUACUGGGGAAAACGAGAUGCGACGCUCAACCUCCCGACCAAUUCCUCUCUCUCUGUAACUCUUUCACAAGCCAAUUUGCGUGCGCACACCACAGCUUCAUGCUCAGAUAGUUACCCGCAUGCUGAAGGAGACACCCUGGUUCUCAACUCAAAACCCCAGAACAUCCACGCAUCCAAAAGGACAUUGGCAUGUCUCGCAGACCUCCGUAUUCUUCGACGAGCUCUAGAGGAUGCAGAUCCAUCCCUGCCGCGACUAUCGGCCUUUCCUCUGCGCAUUGUAUCGGAAAAUAACUUCCCAACUGCCGCAGGCCUCGCGAGUUCGGCUGCAGGUUUCGCAGCUCUGGUUCGUGCAGUUGCCGAUUUGUACGACCUCCCCCAGUCUCCGAGCGAGCUGAGUCGCAUCGCCCGCCAGGGUUCAGGAUCUGCAUGUCGUUCGUUGAUGGGUGGCUAUGUCGCCUGGAGGUCCGGUACGAAGGAAGAUGGUAGUGAUAGCCUCGCCGAGCAAGUGGCGCCAGCGAGCCAUUGGCCUGAGAUGCGUGCAUUGAUUCUCGUUGUGAGCGAUGCGAAAAAGGAUGUUCCCAGUACGGAAGGGAUGCAGGCCACCCGUGCGACCUCCACUCUGUUCCCUUUCCGUGUUACGUCUGUAGUACCUGAGAGAAUGGCAGCAAUGGAGAAAGCCGUUCAGAACCGAGAUUUUGCAUCAUUUGCAGAGAUCACAAUGCGAGACAGUAAUAAUUUCCAUGCGACAUGUCUCGACACGUGGCCACCGAUUUUCUAUAUGAAUGACGUUUCUCGCGCCGCUGUGAGGGUGGUUCACGACGUAAACCGGGCCGCAGGAGAGACAAUUUGCGCGUAUACCUUUGAUGCUGGUCCGAAUGCUGUUAUCUACUACCUCGAGAAGGACUCUGACCGGGUUCUGGGCACAUUCAGAAAAAUUUUGAAACCGGACACAGAAGGUUGGGGUGAAACCAAGCCGGCUCAGGACGCUACAUCGCUCCUAGGAGAGGUUGACCCGAGAGCUGUUGACAUGCUUACAGUGGGUGUGAACCGCGUAAUCCUAUCAGGUGUUGGUGAAGGACCUAUGAAAGUGAUUGAACAUCUUGUCAGCGAGUCCGGGGAUAUCCUGACCGGCUCUGGCAAUUAAUACUAUGGAAUCUUUGAUAAAUCUUUUGAUAUUGAUUGCGAGAUCCAAGCUUGGUCGCGAAAGUUAUAUGUUACGAGACACGACUUUAAUCAGCGAAGAUACCACCAUGCUAGAGCAACAGUAUCCAACCGCAGAUAGACUUAGCGUAAUCAUUCUUUGUUGCAUCUUCAGAUUAUGAACUCUCUAUUCUUUUGUGACACACCCUCUCACUUAACCACUCAGUAGCGCCAGUUUCUUAAAUUCUCUCACAACGGGCGGCUCUUUCGGUUUCGCAUUUGCUUCCAAGGUGUCCCAAAAUACACCUUCUGCCCCCGUCGUAACCCUCUGAACCGCUCCUCCAUUCGGCUCGGCUUCUUCUGAUCCUUCGGUACCAGGCACUGCUUGAGGCUUGAUUUCAAAUAUCUCCUCCACACAACCCCUACACAUGGUCAAUACCUCGUCGAGGUUCUGCUCCACCACCGCAGCUCUCUCUCGCAUACCCCGUCUCAGCAUCGCUUGUACCAAGACUUCUACUUCCUCAACAGCACUAUUAACCCUCUCCAUCAAUCUACGAACACUGUUCACCAGGUACUCCUCUUCAUAUACGGUACCCUUCUUGCCCCGUGCGCGCUUUCGCUCCUCGCGACGUCGUGUCUUGCUAGUCUUUCGAGAAACGGAUGUUGAGCCGGUGUAUCUCGUGAACAUACUCCUUCCUGCCAUGGUACUAGCAUCGGUGGGUGCGAUGGAAAUGUUGUCCGGUAUAUCAAGCCCUUCAGCUCCGCCAGCGGGUUCGCCACCGAAAAAUCCUAGGGGGUCUGUGACUCGUCGGAUGCGUAAUUCCCUGAUUCGGGGAACUUGAGCGAGGAGCUGAGACCGGCAAUCCGCGAGGAGUUCGACCAUUGUGCCCAUGGUUUCCCCAAGGGAGCCAUCAACGAUGUCGGGGACGAGGGAAUGAUGACCGUUUAGCGCGAGGAUGCGACAAGCUUCGCCGAACUUUGAGCCACGGCAGAGAAGACGUGCUGCGCCAGGGAUAUCCUGGAGGUAAUCACGGUGAAUAUUGGCAGCUGAAAUGUA